AAUCAUUCACAAACAUCAGCCGCCUCAGUAAUCAGCCGUUAUUGUAUCUGGGAGAAUGAACGACAAAACAUUUGUGUGGUGUAUAUUUUUGGCAUUAUUUUCAAUAUCAUCCUCCUGGGCAAAGUCUGUGGAGAAUGAUGUUAAUAAAAUAACUACCAAUGAGGUAGCUUCAUCAAAAGAAUCCACAGAAAACAAUGCAGCCAACGCGGAAGAGGAAUUGACACCAAAGGAUCAGCUGUUGUAUUUCACCUUGGUGGCUUUUCGAGACAUGUCCUUGGAAUAUGUUGAUCUAGCAGCUAACAUAAGCGAAAGUCUGUUAACAGAUGAAGAUUUACAACCCAACCAAAGUACCACUAUUAUGGAAUUCCGCAAAAAUAUUACCCAAUUUUUGGAACAAUACAAAAAGUACGAUGGCAUUGAAGAACUCUUUAAUUUGGUGGAUUUCUAUUCCAACACUACCUCACAUUAUUUUGAAUUGACAGCAGAGACCAGUGCGGCUGAUAUGCUAAAGAUCAAAGAGAAACUAGAUAAAUAUGGCUCAGAUGAAUUGGAUAGGGAGUUUGAGAAUCUUUUUAUGAAAUUCGGUGAGCAAUUUUGCCAGAAGUUCGAUGAAUACAAAUCCAAACUAAGCGCGGAGGAAUUGCAGCAGGAAAAGGUAAUGUUUGACUGGUUGGAGGAGUUCAAAUCCAUACAGAAUGCAGAAGAGAAAAUCUUUUCAUUCGAGAAAUUCUUUCGUUUCUAUGAGGAAUAAUUGAAGAACUUGUGUCAAAGCUACAUAAAAACCUUAAGCAGAUAGGACCAGCUGCAUUGGAUACUAAAAACGGCUUAUUUUGUUUAAAAAUAGUGAUGAUUUAUUAUAAAAGUGCAAAAGGAAUACCGUAAUGUAGUGUUGAAGAAUAAAGCAUCAUUUUACAAUUAGUUGUACAAUA